CAAGAAGUUAAAAGUGUCUAUUCACAGUGGAUGAAUAAUAAUUUUUAAAAAGUUUACAAGAUUUUCUGGAGAAAAAGAAAAAAAUCAGAAUUUAUAUCAAACAUGAUUCACGUCGGCGACAAUACAUGGAAUUUAAGGAUCAUCAUCACGGAUCUGCAAGUCGAGAAGACUUUGCGCGUCAAAGGCGAUCUACAUAUCGGUGGUGUUAUGCUGAAACUGUCAAAAGCUGAAGCAAAUCCAAAAGAUUGGUCAGAUCAUGCUUUGUGGUGGCCAGCAAGGAACAUCUGGUUGACACGAACACGUUCAACACUCGAUCAAGUUGGAUUACAUGCUGAUGCGGUGCUCCACUUUACACCAAUGCACAAAAUUUUACGAGUUCAGAUCCCAGAUCUUCGCUAUUUGGAUUGUCGUGUUGACUUCUCAGUGAAGACUUUCAAAUCUGUUGUUUCAUUGUGCAAAGAUUUGGGCAUUCGUUAUCCUGAAGAGCUUUCAUUAUGUAAGCCGCUUUCACCGGAACAUUUGAAGAAGAAUUAUGCUGAUCAGCCGAAGAAGAAAAUGUUGGUGGAACAGAAUGGAAAUUAUCAACAUCGCGACUAUAUUCAUCCAGCACCAGAUACCAACACAUUCAUCCCAACGCAUGCCAAUAGCUUCAAUGGCAGUGACAGUAGUUUAGAUGAUCGUCCAUUCUUAUGUGCACCAGUUUCACAACGACCAACGCCACCACCACAGAACAAUACGCAAGGUGGCAGUACACCAAUCAGUUCACCAACAGGCACAUUACGUCAUCAUACGAAUGGCUUUCAGCACAGUUUUAAUGAUUCAUCUUCUAGUCUUGGUGAUUUCAUCGACAGUCUCGCUUAUAGUCCUCGUGCUCCAAGUCCCGAAGCAAUUUCAAAGCUUGUAAGACCGAAGACUCUCGUUGAACGUGCGAGAAUGAAUGUUGGUUGGUUGGACUCAUCAUUGUCCAUUAUGGAACAAGGAAUUCGCGAGUUUGACACACUUUGCCUUCGUUUCAAGUACUAUUCGUUCUUUGACUUGAAUCCCAAAUACGAUCAAGUCAGAAUUAAUCAACUUUAUGAGCAAGCAAAAUGGCAGCUUUUGAAUGAAGAAAUGGAUUGCACUGAAGAAGAAAUGUUGAUGUUUGGUGCAUUACAAUUGCAGAUUAAUUUGCAAAAUGACCAACCACAACCGGAUUCAGGCAUUGACACAUCGAGUUUGGAUAAUGGCGAUGACGAUAUUGAUGCUGCUUUAAGUGAAUUGCAAAUAACACUUGAGGGACCACAGAAUGGUACACGAAACGGUGACAUUACCUACAUACCUGAAUUGACAGAUUACUUGAGAUUCUUAAAACCCAAAAAGUUCACAUUGAAAGCUUACAAACGUUAUUGGUUUACUUACAAGGACUUGCAUUUGUAUCUGUAUAAGAGUCGUGAAGAUAGUCGCAGCAGCAAAGCACCAUCAGAGUCUAUAACUCUCAGAGGAUGCGAAGUGACACCGGAAGUCAAUUUGGCACAAGGAAAGUUUCAUAUUAAGUUAGAAGUGCCCCCAGAUUAUGGAAAUGGACCAAACAGCGAAGUAUGGAUUCGAUGUGAUAACGAAGAACAAUAUGCAAAAUGGAUGGCAGCUUGUAGAUUGGCAGCCAAAGGGCGCUCCUUAGCUGACAGUUCAUAUGAAAGUGAAGUGUCGAGCAUAAAAUCUUUCUUGAGCAUGCAAAAACCAGCACAAGCUCCAGCAGUUAACAUCAAUCCCAACAAUAUCGAUCCAUCAGAAUAUUUAGCUCCAAGAUUUGUUAAGAAAAUGAGCAAACGAGCGAGUCACAGAAUGCUCGACGCACAUGCAAACGUGAAGAACUUGCCAUUGAUUGAAGCAAAGCUUAAUUACAUUAAAGCAUGGCAAAGUCUCCCCGAAUAUGGUGUUUCCCUAUUCGUUAUCAAAUUUGAUGGACAUAAGAAAGCUUGUCUUUUGGGUGUUGCAAACAAUCGUAUCAUGCAGAUGGAUAUGGGAAGUGGCGAUCAUGUCAAAACAUGGCGAUACAACAACAUGAAGGCGUGGAACGUCAACUGGGAAGUCAGACACAUGAUGAUUCAACUUGAUAAUGAAAACAUUAUCUUCUCGUGUCUAUCUAGCGAUUGCAAAGUUGUACAUGAAUUCAUUGGCGGUUAUAUCUUCAUGUCAAUGCGCUCAAAAGAGAACAACCAAACGCUGAAUGAAGAAAUGUUCCAUAAACUCACCGGUGGAUGGAACUGAAGCCUUAAUUAAUUAAUAACAAAUUUGUUUUUUAUCUUAACUUUUUUUCCGUUUAGUGUUUUAGUCAAAAGAAAGAAAAUAUUUUCUUAAAAAAAUAAUCAUUAAAGUAAAACUUUGCCUUGGAAGUUUGUAAAUAACUUAUUCCGAUCGAUGCAAGAAAUCAUUAAGAUCAAUAAAAUAAUUAAAGAAAAUUUAUGGAGAAGGUUAAUCAAGUUGAAUGCAAUUUUCGGUCGUGGAAAUUAGCGAAGUAGAAAGAACAUGCCAAAAUGUGUCUUAAAUUCUUAUUUUUAAUCUACUUAUCCACAUAAACACAAACACACAAUGUUCGAACAUAAAAAUAUACUUUGAUGUCAAUCUUUACAUAAAUAUCUAAAUAGCUGAAAGCUGACUUGAAUGUUAUUAUAACAAAAAAUAAAUCUUUAGAAAAUUAAAUAUUUAUCGCCGUAAUUAACACUGAAAAGCCAACGAAUUAACCCACAAAAAAAGAAAACAUUGUUACGAAAAAAUAUUCUUUUUUCUUGGUAUUUAAAGUGAAAAUUUAUUUUCGUUUUAUUAAUGAUUUAUUAUAUUAAUCAUGAUGCAGCAUAAAAUGUGGAAAUAAUUUGUAUUUUUUCUCUUUUUACUCGUAUUUGAUGUAAAUAUAUUGAAAGUGACGAUUGUAAUUUUAUGUUUCAAUAAAAAUGAAAAAUUUAAUGACUCUAAUUAUGCUUUUUAUUUGAAUUCUUAAAAUGAAAAUGAAAAUUUUUUUAAGUUGAUUCAUUUCUUGCGAUUGCUGAGUGUGCCUUGAGCAAAGAUGUUGAGAUAUUUUCCACGAGUGAUUUCUUUCCCUUCAUCUAACCCAAGUUGAUAUCCUUCAUCGUACAAUCUUUUAAUUUCUGUUAUUAUUCCUGAUUUUGGAAGCUGUCCGAGCUGGUAAAUAAGUCUGAUGUCCUCUUGUGUUAAGCCUUUUUCGUUCUCUCGUGCCAAUUUAUGUGCAGACUUUGCAAAAUUAUCACUUCCAGGUAUUUUUUCAGGCCAAAGUUCAGGUGAUGCUCGCAGAUUUUCACUGCUUAGGAGUAAAUAAAUAAUACCUGUGUUUACUUCUUUUGACAUUUUUC